AGGGUGCAGUAAGCCGAUUAAAAGAGACCCGCUCUCAGAACGCACUCCUCUCGGACAGCACCGCGCUGCUCCUCUGUUAGACCUUCUGCAACACAGGAAGAGAAGAGAACGUGGAGACAUCCGAACCAGAAUCCAGACUCUACACGGUUCUCAACGAUGACCGACUUCGAGCUCGGGGCAUCGAUCCCCCCGCACACAGCCCAUGCUGUGAGCGUUUCCUUGCCAACAUGGGAGUCAAACAUUGGCUACGAAAAGGGCGAGGACUGGGUCGUUGGCCGGAUGUCGACUGGCUAUCCACGAUUCUUCAUCCACCGGAGCAUCCAGGCCUUCGCUGCGGACAUUGUGGCAAGAUUUGGCCCCAAGGACGCCAAGGCCUUCUUGUUCCCGACCCGUCGGAUCGCUGCUCGCUGUUUGACCUUUGUCAAGGCACAUGCCCCUCCCCCGGUGGCGGCCUCGCUCGACAUCGUCCAUCUCGUCCUGGACACGUCAAGGUCGGCCCCCGAGGCACUGACGCCUCUUUCUCCGGCCAUUUCCGCAGUGCUGUGCUCCCAGGAAAGCUUUCCCUACGUCAAGCAGUUCUGGCAGCACACAGGCGACGGCGUGUCGAGCCGUAGGGCCGAGUUCUGCCAUGCCCUAUUCAAGGACGGCCUGCUUCGUCCCGAUGAUGGACUCACAACUCCGCCCCCUAUGAGCCCCAAACCAUGCAGGGGUCCCAAACGCUACCAGCGGCCAGCGACGGUCGACACGACAAGAGCGCCCCCCUCGCCGAAACCUGGUCCGAAUGGUGACCCGACCGCUAGCCCCGAUGUCCAGGAGACCUCGCGGUUUCUGGAGGAGCGCUUCGGUAGGAACCUCGAUGUCACCUUCUUUCAACCGGCCAAGUCGGCCAUCAAGAGGAGGAUCGCGGGUGCCCUUAGAAGCGACGGCGAGCUCACCGUCUCCCCGCCCCCGGAAGGCGAGAUGGAGUCCAAUUCUCGCGGGGUCGUCAACCUCAGAGAGGACGACGUCUAUCUGUUUCCCUGCGGAAUGAGUGCCAUCUUCAACUCCCACCGCGCCCUGCUCGGGGUGCGCGGCAACAUGAAGAGUGUCAACUUCGGCUUCCCCUACGUGGACACCUUCAAGAUCCUCCAGAAAUUUGGCCCUGGUGCCGUCUUUUACGGCCGCGGGGCCGAAUCAGAGCUUGACGAGUUCGAAAAGCUUCUAGAGGGCGGCGAGAGAUUCCUUGCCCUCUUCUGCGAGUUCCCCGGCAACCCCCUUCUGACGUGCCCCAACCUGCGCCGCAUCCGGCAGCUCGCCGACAAGUACGACUUCGCCGUCGUCGUGGACGAGACUAUCGGCACCUUUGCCAACGUCAACGUGCUGCCCUUUGCCGACAUCGUCGUAAGCAGCCUGACCAAAAUCUUCUCGGGCGACUGCAACGUCAUGGGGGGCACCGCCAUCUUCAACCCAAACAGCCGCUACUACGCGGCCCUAAAAGAGUGGGCACGCACCGAGUACGAGGACACGUACUGGCCCGAAGACGUCAUGUUCAUGGAGCGCAACAGCCGUGACUUUGUCUCGCGCAUCGACAGAAUUAACGCCAACGCCGAGGCCAUCUGUGACGUGCUGAGGGAGAGCCCGCUUGUCAAGAGCCUGUUCUACCCCAAGUUCAAUGACUCCGCGGCCAACUACGAGGCAUGCAAGCUGCCCAGCGGCGGCUAUGGUGGCCUGCUAUCCGUCGUUUUCCAUCGGCACGAGCAGGCUGUCGCUUUCUAUGACACUGUUCAGACGGCCAAGGGCCCGAGUCUGGGCACCAACUUCACUCUCACCUCGCCCUACGUGCUGUUGGCGCAUUACCAGGAGCUUGAUUGGGCUGAAAAGUUCGGGGUCGAACGCGACUUGAUCCGGAUUAGCGUUGGUCUUGAGGAGCCCGAGCACAUCGUGAACGUGUUCAAAGCGGCGCUAAGAGCGGCAGAAGAGAGCGUUAAAACACGGGGGUCCUGAUGGUUACGAGAAAGAUUAGGGAAUUAUUUUACUGCUUGUUUCUCGCCGGUGUGUGUCUUGUUCGUGAUCUUUUGCGCCUGCUUGUCACAAAUCGCAACCCCCCUUCCACCCCACCCCAAAACCUCUUUCCACACCAACAGUCACGACGCUCACAUCACCACA